CGGUCAGAGCCCUGUUUAGAUGUAGAUCAGCUGAGACAAUAACAACAAUAACAGCCGAUAACGGGGUCUGGACGGCGCUUUUGUGGAUGGACCGCUCCCGCUGUGAACAAGCAAAGCACCAGCGACAUGUACCGUGAAGGAUGCGUGUGUAUUUCACCGCUUUAUUCUCUUUUAUUUCCAGUUUUGUAGGUGUGCCUCCUGCGUGCCCCAGCAAAACGAGGGGGCAGAAGAACUGCGGCUAUUAACUUAGCUAGCAUGCUAACGUGCCACAUAUGUCAUAGUAAAUGAUUAUCUGUGUUUUCUCUGCUGAACCAAGUGACGCUUCAUGACGUUAACUCUCUAAGAUGCCUUGUGAUGUAGAGAUUGGUUUUGUAUAAUAGAUAUUUUUAUUUUGAUGGCUCACUUCAAGGAAAGCAGCUGCAAAGUUUGAAUAGCCGUUUAAUGAAGCCCCGUAUGUGGCGUCGGUGGCUAUAACAUACAGUUUUAUGUCUGUUAUCAGAUUAAGUGGCUAGUUUUUGUGUAUUUGUGUUUGUGUGCUGUCAGGAACUAAGCUAAUGUCGUUAGCAGGAGGCUCAGUGUCUGUGGUGAAAGUCAGUGUGAGUAUGUGAGUGAUUGUGUGUGUGUGUGUGUGUGUGGCCAGGCCUCGCGGCUCUACUGUACUGACAACACACAUGAAAACAAAAGAUUAGCUUGUCCCUUUGGCUAGGUCGCUCUCCCCCUCUGCGUUUACUUAACAUCGCGACCAAAGUGCGACUCUUUCUUCGAUCACACGGCAGCGACGGAGCCUCUGCUCGCACAGCUGCUAUGCGUUUAGCAAUAUUAUAUUACUUGCCAAAUUUCCUGUUUGGCAGAACAGCCUGUCUUGUUGUUUCACCAUAACUAUAAACCCAAUGUAGUACCUGCUGUAGUUUCUUAUAAUCACAACGUAUACAUGAGUAGUAGCUUGUUUGUAGAGAGACAUGUUGGAGCUGCAUUUGAACACCUUCAGGGAAUCGUGCUGUUCCUGCUUAAAUUCACUGAGUGUAACAAAUGCAAAGGGGUGUGGAUCCUCUAUCUGACCACAGCAUCUCAGUGUGUGACACCACCGUCUCCUCUCAACACCUCAACAAUAGUCCAGUGGAGGGCAACUCAGUGACUGAGACAGUGCAAUGUCAGAGACUCUGAUCUCAGGGCAGACAUCGGAGGAUCUGUUGGCCGACUUUGAGACUCUGCUGAACUCUGGGGGCAUUGACCUGGGUGAGGACCACCAGAUAGUGAUCAUCACCAGCCCCAGCAAUGAUGGACUCCACCCGACCAUCGCUCCCACCAGCACGGGGGAGAUCCUGCUGUUUGCAACGCCACAGGGCCCCGCCGACGUGGGAAUCCAGGACAAGAGGCGACCGGCUCUGGGACGACCUCCGGUUAAGAGGAAGUUAGAUCUGGACAGUGACCAUCAGUAUGUCAGCACCACUCGACCGUCCAUAGGCCAAGCACCACCGUCCACACCUGCCCCACCCAGAGUUCCUCGAAUCACGACAGAGAAGUCGCGGUACGACACUUCCUUGAACCUGACCACCAAGCGCUUUCUGGACCUGUUGUCCCAGUCGGCCGACGGCGUGGUGGAUCUUAACUGGGCCUCGCAGGUCCUCGAUGUCCAGAAGAGACGCAUCUAUGACAUAACCAACGUCCUGGAGGGAAUUCAGCUCAUCUCCAAGAAGUCCAAGAACAAUAUCCAGUGGCUUGGUAAUCGAAUUGAUGCAGCGUUGGUUUCCCGCCAUAAGGAGUUGCAGAAGGAGGCGUGUGACCUCACGGAGGCUGAGGAGGAGCUGGACGAGCUCAUUACCAAAUGCAACCUACAGCUGCGGCUGCUCACGGAGGACCCGCAGAACAAGAAGUUGGGCUACGUGCGCUGUCAGGACUUGAGGAAGUCCUUUGAUUCUCCAGACCACCUGGUGAUGGUGAUCAGAGCUCCACCAGAGACCCAGAUGCAAGUUUCAGAACCCAGCGAGGGUUACCAGGUGUCGCUGAAGAGCUCGCGCGGCCCGAUCGAUGUGUUCCUCUGUCCGGAUGACAGCUCUGGCGUCUGCAGCCCUGUGACCGGAGGUAGUCCCACAAAACCAAAUGCUGACCCCCCGCUAGUGCCGCCUCCUACACAACCCACAGACCAAUCACACACUAGAAUUUCCACACCUGCCCUGGAGGUGGGUUUAUCGUCCCCGGGGUCAACGUCUUCUACGAUCACAGCAGCCUCCCAGCAGGACCCAACGUCACUGGUGUUAGGUGGGGACACAGAAUCACUGCUGGGAGGUGAUCCGUUCUCCAGCCUCGGAGACAUGCCUGACUUUGACCUCUCCCCUCUCUCCUCCUCGGACUUCCUGAACGGAGAAGGCCUCCCUCUCCCGUUAGACGGUUUCAUCAACUUGUCCCCCCCUCACAAUCACAAUUACCAUUUUGGACUGGAGGACCACGAAGGCAUCAGCGAACUGUUUGAUUGCGACUUUGGUGACCUAUCGCAGGUUUUGGGGGACAGUUAGAUGAAACAGACGGAGGAGGAGGAGGAGGUGAAACAUGGGCAAAUGUGUAGGACUUCUCUCUCUGUUUCCGUUUGCCUGGUAAGAAGACGACAAGAAAUUGGGAUUUUUAUGGACAAAUCUUGUUUAGAAAAAAAAGAAAGUAAAAAUGAAUGUUUAAAUUGUGGGGUGAAGGAAUAUUUUUUACGUAGUAAAUGCCAGUGAUCCCCAAAAUACCAACCUAAACUACGAAACCAUGAAGUCCCCCAAAUUGUACAGCACAUUAUCAGCACUUCUCGUUCGCCAUUUUAAAAAAAAAAACAACAAAAAAACUUUUAGACCAAGACUUCCAAACUAUAGUAUAGCUAUUUAAAUUAUUUAUAUGAAUGUUAUUUUGAUAUUUUGUACUUAAUGAGGUUUUUGUUGUUAUUGAUGAUAAUGUUUUAUCCAAGUUGAUUUUGCAGGUGUGGUGUAUGUGUAUGUAUGAGGAGGAGUGUGUGCUCAUUAGGCUGGUUACCUUAACACUGAUUAGGUUUCGUGCAACGACUAACAAAGCUGGUUUCUUAAGCUGUGGAGGUUUUUUCGGAGUUUGAUGUUCACGUAUGAUGAACGCAGCAGGAGAUUGUUUGGGAGCUGGAGAAUUUUGUGGCUCGCAGCCUCUCUGGACAAAUCCAGGUGAAUGUAUGAGCUUUAGUGCAUUCAGCUGUCGUUGGCUCAGUCUUAACUGUCACACAUGUGCAUCCCACUCCUGUAAGUUGAAGCCGCUGUAAUGAAACCAGCAUUAGCAGAAAUACACAUUCAUGUCCAGUCUUUCUAAAAGCAUCUUGGAUAUUGGAUGUUUCCCCUCACAAAUGAUUUGAGUCUAAAACACUGGAGUCCUGGAAAACUGGACCCUCAAACACUUCUGGAAUUAAGAGUGAAAUCCCAGGCCCAGACAAGAGUUGCACAUGUUCCCCACUCUUAUAAGAGUCAAUAAUAUAUUUCCUUUGUGAUGUCAGUGAACUCAAACACAUUUUUAGUGGGAUUUACACAGACCCGGUUCUAAAAUUAUUAUUUUUUUUAAUAUUAUAAAUCAAUAUUUACCAUGAGAUUUUCAGUGUCCGGUAUUCCAUCCUUCCAACCAUCUGUUUAGAGAAUCCAAACAAUGGUAGAAACUCCACAGUUAAUUAGGUCUUGGAGAAAAGUGUGUAGGAAAUCAGGUGAUGAUAGACUUCUACAGUUAUUCCAAUGAGCAAAAAACUAAUACUGAAUGUAUUGUUCUCUAUUAGUUAGUUAGGCGUUUAGCCAUAGUCUCAGGUGUUCGGAGCAAAGCAAAGUCUUAAAUCCACGUUUAUAAUCAACGUGAGAGUUUUAGAUGUAUUUCAUGGGUGACAUGUAAAGUUGAGUUUAGAUUUUUAGAGGUUAAGAUGAUGGAUGCGUAAAGAUACUGCAAGUCCCCCCCAUCCCCCCACCGCCUCAACCUUUCAGUCGAACUUUUAAUGUGAGAGUAGUUUUCCAAACUCUUAUUGUCAUGUGGCGAAGUUCCCAGCAGGUCUUGAGCUCUGGUAGGAUUGUUGAUAGGUUCAGUAAUUCCCCCACAAACCAUUCCCUCUUUGUGGAUUCUGGACAAAGUCAGUGUGGUUUGUCUAUCGUAGGUUCAUUUAGAUCAAUCUAAUCCAUGUAAACAGUGAUGGCGUCAGGGAGUGAAGUGGAAGUGAUAUCGUCUCGAUGGAAUUCAGGAGGGACGUGCGGCUAUUGUUCAGUAUAUGCACAUCAGGUCAGUUCAGGAAGUUAAUGUUUAUGCCUUAAAUCAAUGACCUUUCACCAAGUAAAGGGAUGCACAUCUUAUCUUAGACCUAAGGUGAUCAAUUCCUCACUGUUUUCCUAGGACAAUGGCAUUCGGCGUCGUCUCCACAUGCUACUAACACGCCUUCAUUGAAUUUCUGUUGAAACCAUGUUGAUUCGAAAUAAGCAGCAAUAAUGUCUUCAUGUUAUGUUUUCAUCGCGACAUGAAAAAAACUGUCCUGUGUGUUCUAGUUAGAAAUGUCUUUUUUCUUGUUCUAAAUUAUGUAAGCCAACAUCAUGUUUGUUUGCUUUUUUCGCAUUCCGUGUGUGUGGGGUUUUAAUAUCUGUGCAGGUGCACACGUGUGUGGAUUUUUGUUGUUGUUGAAUUUCAUAUUUAUUUUAAAAUAACAAAAUGUUUUUUCUGUCAGGAAGGGGCUUUAUACCCAUACAUUUACUCAUUAAAUCCAAACAAGUCAGACAUUGUUAAAUGUGUUUUUCAAUGAGCUUUGCUUGUAAAGUAUAGCGUCUGAUUAGUAUCACAUUUCUUUUUAGAAUUUCCCCCCCUUCAUAAAAAAAUGUCUUUGUAUGUCUAAUCUUUUUUGCAACUUUUGCAUUGGCUGAUGCCACAAAUGGUACUUUGUGGAGAAAUCAUUUUUCAACUGAUUCUGUAAACGUCAUUUGUCAUACCUGGUUCACUCACAUCAUAUAUGAUUAUCAUCAGUUCAGGGGCAGAAAACAAGUUAUGAACAAACUUGUUGCCAGUUAUCUCAUCUUGUUCUUUUUUUUGUCCCCAGGUCUGUAAAAGUAAACAACAAAGGGUGCACUAUGUAAGUGUUUUUGCUAUCGCUACAUGGCUAUCAUUAGCAGUAGCAGCUGUUUAUCUACGAGUUUAGCAUCAGACUUUGCUCCCAUGUGUUGCAACGGGAAACAACAGGUUUAACUCUGUUUCUUCCUUCUUCUGUUUUUUUUACCGUCAUCCCCUUUCUUCUCCUGCAGUUAGCAUGUUAGCAACAGGAGCGUGCUAACAAGCUACAGGGGGUGGCUGAAAGACAUGCUAACAGGCUAGCUCUAGCCUGGUCAGCCAGUCUUGCCACUUUCCACUUGAAACCAUGUUUGCUGGCAGAAAACACUUUACACCUGAAAAUGUUUUAACUGAUAAGCCACUGAAAUGUCAAGCUUAAUAGAAUGUAUCUUUUUUAAAUGCCCGUCUGUCUGUCUGUCUGUCUGUCUGUCUCUCUGUCUCAUUAGCCUCCAUCAGCGGCUGUACUGAGUUCAUGUUGUCCGUGAGAAAGUUUGUAUGCAUUGUUUCUCUGCAGGACAAAUGCAGUGCCUUUUUUUGUGGUGGGGCUACAUAAAGUAAUGCAGUGCAGGUUCCUUUUCUGGGGUUUUGUCUUGGGGUUUCAAGACAUUUGUAAAUCGGUUGAAAUCAAGUCACCGUCAGUUUUAACGCCACAAAGAUUCUUCUGUUCAAAUAAUGUUGGAAAGUGAAGGAAUCGAUGUAAGUGUGAUGAGACAAGCAGGGUUUUCUGUAAUGAUGUCCAAACUAGAGUCAAAUACAGCGUACGUAACAUUAUCUAGUGUUGAACACAAAAGUCUACAAUCUCAGUCUGAUAACAAAUGCAGUGAAAUCACAGUGAUGAUUUAACCCUGAUAUAGAAAAAAAGUGCUUUUGAGGAGAAACUGUGGUUUAUCCAGCAAAAAAAAUCUUUGUUUUGCAGAUGUUCCUUGUGCUGCAUUCUGGGUAACAAUACAUGUUUGUAUUUGUCUAUUAUUAAUAGGCUCCAUUAUACCCUUUUGUAUCACGAUUUUUGGACAAAAAUAAAGUUAACUAUUUUAAUUUGA